AUGAGCACGGCAGGCAAAGUUAUUAAAUGCAAAGCAGCAGUAAUGUGGGAAGCCAAUAAACCCUUUUCUAUUGAGGAGGUGGAAGUUGCGCCACCAAAAUCACAUGAAGUUCGUAUAAAGAUCGUGGCCACAGGGAUCUGUCGCUCUGAUGACCACGUGGUAACUGGUUGUAUGGUUAUGCCUUUUCCAAUAAUUCUUGGCCACGAAGCAGCUGGUGUUGUGGAGAGUGUUGGGCAGGGAGUAACUUCAAUCAAACCAGGAGACAAGGUUAUUCCACUCUUUGUUCCACAGUGUGGGGAGUGCAGCAGUUGCUUAAGCACCAAGGGUAAUCUGUGCAGUAAAAACCACAUUGGUUCAGCUGCUGGAUUCAUGCCCGAUGGCACCUGUAGAUUCACCUGUAAAGGAAAAGCAAUUCACCAUUUUCUUGGUACAAGUACCUUCACUGAAUACACAGUAGUGCAUGAAUUUGCUGUAGCCAAAAUCGAUUCUGCUGCUCCUCUGGAAAAAGUUUGUUUAAUUGGCUGUGGGUUUUCAACUGGCUAUGGGGCUGCUGUGCAGACUGCCAAGGUGGAACCAGGCUCCACCUGUGUCAUCUUCGGCCUCGGAGGAGUUGGCCUUUCUGUUGUCAUGGGCUGCAAGGCGGCUGGAGCUUCCCGCAUCAUUGCCGUUGAUAUCAAUAGCGACAAGUUUGCCAAGGCCAAAGAGCUGGGAGCCACAGACUGCGUCAACCCUACCGAUUUCAAGAAGCCUAUUCACGAAGUGUUGAUUGAAAUGACCGGCAAUGGUGUGGACUACUCCUUUGAGGUCAUUGGCCGUACCGAAACCAUGGCUGCAGCCUUGGCCUGUUGCCAAUACAACUACGGAGUCAGUGUGAUUGUGGGAGUGCCCCCUGCAGCACAAAAGAUCACUUUUGACCCCAUGCUCCUCUUCACUGGUCGCACCUGGAAAGGGUCCGUCUUUGGAGGCUGGAAGAGUAAAGAUUCAGUCCCUAAACUGGUUGCUGACUACAUGAAGAAAAAAUUUGUUCUGGAUCCAUUAAUAACCCACACGCUUCCUUUCACUAAAAUCAAUGAAGGAUUUGAUCUGCUAAGGACAGGGAAGAGUAUUCGCAGUGUCCUGGUGUUUUAG